GUUGAUUUUGAAAGAGGGAUAAAGAUUUCGUGCCCUUGUUUUCUCAUUUGGUCUCUCUCUCUCUCUCUCCAUCUCGCCGGCACACGGCGGAGAAAAAGCCAAGAAAAACAAACGACCUCUCUUCUCCCCUCUCUCUCUAGAAAUCUUCUUUUCACAGAGAUCGCUAAAUACUCAGAUUCUGAAAGAUAAAUUUACUCGUAGUCGGUUGCAAUGUCGACGGAGGACGAGAAGUUAUUGAAGGAGGCGAAAAAACUGCCGUGGGAGGAUCGGCUCACGCACAAGAACUGGAAGGUCCGGAACGACGCCAACAUCGACCUCGCCGCUCUCCUUGACUCUGUCUCCGAUCCCAAGGAUCCUCGCCUCCGUGAUUUCGGGCCAUUGUUUAGGAAGACGGUCGCUGAUUCGAACGCGCCGGUGCAGGAGAAGGCUCUCGAUGCGCUGAUUGCGUACUUGAAGGCCGCCGAUGCCGAUGCUGGGAGGUAUGCCAAAGAGGUCUGCGAUGCGAUUGUGGGCAAAUGCCUGACUGGCCGGCCGAAGACGGUAGAGAAAGCGCAGAUGGCGUUUAUGCUUUGGGUGGAGUUGGAGGCGGUAGACGUCUUCCUGGAUGCUAUGGAAAAAGCAAUAAAAAAUAAAGUUGCUAAAGCAGUUGUCCCAGCUAUUGAUGUCAUGUUUCAAGCUCUAAGUGAAUUUGGGGCAAAGAUAGUACCACCCAAAAGAAUUUUGAAGAUGCUACCUGAACUCUUUGAUCACCAAGACCAAAAUGUUCGUGCUUCAUCAAAAGGACUGACACUCGAGCUUUGUCGUUGGAUUGGGAAAGAACCAGUGAAAUCAAUAUUGUUUGAGAAAAUGCGUGAUACGAUGAAAAAAGAGUUGGAGGCUGAGCUUGUCAAUGUUACUGGGGCAGCUAAACCAUCUCGCAAGAUAAGGUCUGAGCAAGAGAAGGAGCCAGAGCAAGAAGGUCCGUCUGAAGUUGCCGGCUCUGGUCCCCCUGAAGAAUGUGUUGCAGAUGCUCCUCAGGAAAUUGAUGAAUAUGAAUUUAUUGAUCCUGUUGAUAUAUUAACUCCAUUGGAAAAGAGUGGAUUUUGGGAUGGUGUGAAAGCUGCAAAGUGGUCAGAGCGAAAGGAUGCUGUUGCAGAGUUAACCAAACUUGCUUCAACUAAAAAGAUAGCUCCUGGUGAUUUCAUUGAAAUCUGUCGGACUCUUAAGAAGCUAAUUACGGAUGUGAACAUAGCUGUUGCAGUUGAAUCCGUCCAGGCAAUUGGGAAUCUUGCUAAGGGUCUAAGAUCCCAUUUCUCUGGAAACUCACGCUUCUUGUUACCUGUUUUACUUGAAAAACUGAAAGAGAAAAAACCUGCUUUGAUUGAGGCACUUAUUCAAACUCUCCAAGCUAUGCACAACUCUGGGUGUUUGACUCUUGCAGACAUUGUUGAAGAUGUUAAGGCAGCAACAAAAAACAAAGUUCCACUUGUGCGCUCAUUGACUUUAAACUGGGUCACAUAUUGCAUUGAGACUAGCAACAAGGCCAUUGUUCUCAAAGUUCAUAAGGAAUAUGUUCCAAUAUGCAUGGAGUGCCUCAAUGAUGGAACUCCAGAUGUAAGGGAUGCAGCAUUUUCUGCUUUGGCAGCUGUCGCCAAGUUGGUUGGCAUGAGGCCUUUAGAAAAAUCAUUGGAGAAACUUGAUGAUGUUAGAAGAAAGAAGCUUUCAGAAAUGAUUGGGGGCUCUGGAGGUGCUCCAGUUGGUACAAGCUCAGUUACUGCUCAAACUUCAGGUGCAAGAAUUUCUUCGGUGGAGGCAUCAGAUGGGUCAUUUGUGCGAAGAUCGGCUGCAAGCAUGCUUAGUGGAAAGAGGCCUGUUCAGGCAGCUCCUGCAAGUAAGAAAGUUGGGGCUGCAAAGUCUGGUGUCAAUAAGAAAGGAGAUGCUGCUAGUCAGUUAAAACCACCGAAACCAGUAGAACCUGAAGAUGUUGAGCCAGCUGAUAUGAGUCUUGAAGAGAUUGAAAGCAGAUUAGGUUCUCUUAUACAAGCUGAUACUUUUUCCCAGUUGAAGAGUGCUGUGUGGAAAGAGCGGCUUGAAGCUAUCGUCUCAUUUAAGGAGCAAGUGGAGGCAAUAAAGGAACUUGACCAUUCGGUGGAGAUCUUAGUUCGUUUGCUCUGUGCUGUUCCUGGAUGGAAUGAGAAAAACGUCCAGGUCCAGCAACAGGUCAUUGAUGUUAUCACUCACAUAGCUUCUACUGCAUCCAAGUUUCCAAAGAAAUGUGUUAUUCUCUGCCUUCUUGGUAUGAGUGAACGGGUUGCAGAUAUCAAGACCCGUGUUCAAGCCAUGAAGUGUCUUACAACCUUUUGUGAAGCCACAGGCCCAGGAUUUAUUUUUGAAAGACUAUACAAAAUCAUGAAGGAUCACAAGAAUCCCAAGGUUCUUAGUGAGGGUAUUCUUUGGAUGGUUUCAGCAGUUGAUGACUUUGGUGUUUCACAUCUUAAAUUGAAGGAUUUGAUUGAUUUUUGCAAAGAUACGGGCUUGCAAUCUAGUGCUGCUGCAACUAGAAAUGCCACUAUCAAACUGAUUGGGGCUUUACACAAGUUUGUUGGUCCAGAUAUCAAGGGGUUUCUUUCGGAUAUCAAACCUGCUCUUCUAAGUGCACUUGAAGCUGAGUAUGAAAAAAAUCCUUAUGAGGGUUCUUCUGCAGUACCAAAGAAAACUGUCAAAGCUUCAGAAUCCUCAACAUCAGUGUCUAGUGGUGGUCUAGAUGGCCUACCCCGAGAAGAUAUUAGUGGAAAGAUUACACCUACUUUGCUUAAGGGGUUGGAAAGUCCUGAUUGGAAGGUUCGCUUAGAAUUUAUUGAAUCUGUAAAUAAAAUCUUGGAAGAGGCCAAUAGACGCAUCCAACCAACAGGAACUGUGGAACUGUUUGGCGCUCUUAGAGGGCGUCUCUAUGAUAGCAACAAAAAUUUAGUCAUGGCAACUCUUUCUACUGUUGGUGCUGUUGCAUCUGCAAUGGGACCUGCUGUUGAGAAAUCUAGCAAGGGUAUUCUUUCAGAUGUAUUGAAAUGCCUUGGUGACAAUAAGAAGCAUAUGAGAGAAAGCACUUUGACUACUCUAGAUUCUUGGCUUGCUGCCGUUCAUCUUGAUAAAAUGGUACCCUAUGUUACUGCUGCAUUGAUGGAUGCUAAGCUUGGUGCAGAAGGGCGUAAAGACCUUUUUGAUUGGCUAUCAAGGCAACUUAGUGGAUUAAAAGAUUUUCCUGAUGGAGCACAUCUGCUAAAACCAACUGCUUCUGCCAUGACGGAUAAAUCAGCAGAUGUUCGCAAAGCAGCAGAAAUAUGCAUUGGUGAAAUUGUGAGAGCAUGUGGGCAGGAAGUGGUGACCAAGAAUUUGAAAGAUAUACAUGGGCCUGCAUUAGCUAUUGUUAUUGAACGGCUGAAAUUGCAGGGGGCUUUUCAUGUCCCAGAAACCUUUGAAUCAGCUAAAGCAAUAUCAACUGGGACAACAUCCAAGAGCAGCUCAAAGGUUGGGAAAUCUGGCUCUACUGGUCAUGGUGAUCGUAUACCAAGACAUGGAAGCAGGACUGUUUCCUCGAGAGUUAUUUCAGCAAAGGGUUCAAGACCAGAAUCAAUUAUGUCUGUUCAAGAUAUCACUAUCCAGUCUCAGCCUUUAUUAAAUGUGAAAGAUUCAAACAAGGAUGAAAGGGAGAGAUUGGUUCUUCGCCGCUUCAAAUUUGAAGAGCCACGAUUAGAGCAGAUUCAAGAUCUUGAGAAUGAUCUUAUGAAGUAUUUCAGAGAGGAUUUACAUAGGAGGCUACUGAGCACAGAUUUCAAGAAGCAAGUUGAUGGAAUUGAGAUUCUGCAUAAGGCACUUCCAUCAAUUAGAAAGGAAAUAACUGAAGUCCUGGAUGUACUUCUCAGGUGGUUUGUUCUACGAUUUUGCGAAUCUAACACAUCAUGCCUAUUGAAGGUACUCGAAUUUCUUCCGGAAAUUUUUGAUGCAUUAACAAGUGAGGGCUACAUAAUGACAGAGUCGGAAGCAGCCAUUUUCCUUCCUUGCUUGAUUGAGAAGUCUGGACACAAUAUUGAAAAAGUGCGAGAAAAAAUGCGAGAGUUGAUAAAACAAAUCAGUCAUGCUUAUUCAGCAGCGAAAACUUUCCCUUACAUAUUGGAGGGUUUGCGUUCCAGAAACAACCGAACCCGGAUUGAGUGUACAGAUCUUGUUGGAUUUUUAAUUGAUAAUCAUGGAACAGAGAUUGCAGGACAGUUAAAAUCAUUGCAGAUUGUUGCAAGCUUAACUGCGGAGCGAGAUGGUGAAAUUCGAAAAGCAGCUUUAAAUACUCUGGCUACUGGUUAUAAGAUUCUUGGUGAUGACAUAUGGAGAUAUGUUGGGAAACUGACAGAUGCUCAAAGGAGCAUGUUAGAUGACAGAUUUAAGUGGAAAGCCCGAGAGAUGGACAAAAGGAAGGAGGGCAAACCUGGUGAAGCAAGGGCUGCUUUAAGGCGUUCUGUUCGAGAAAAUGGGUCUGAUGUAGCUGAACAAAGUGGUGAAAUUGCACGUUCUGCAUCUGGCCCAAUUCUAUCUAGGGAGAAUUUUGUUCAUCCUGAGCUUCACAUGGAGAGACAUUCAGUUCCCAGAAUGAUUGCUAGUGCAAAUGGCCCCACUGACUGGAAUGAAGCACUUGAUAUUAUUGAAUAUGGCUCCCCUGAGCAGUCUGUUGAAGGAAUGAAAGUUGUCUGUCAUGAGUUGGCUCAGGCAACUAGUGAUCCUGAAGGCAAUGCAAUGGAUGGAAUUGUGAAAGAUGCUGAUAGGCUUGUUUCCUGCUUAGCUAGUAAGGUAGCCAAGACAUUUGACUUUAGUCUCACAGGAGCCUCUUCAAGGUCUUGUAAAUAUGUUUUGAACACAUUGAUGCAGACAUUCCAAAAUAAACGGCUAGCUCAUGCUGUCAAGGAGAGUACUCUUGACAGUCUCAUCACUGAGCUUCUCCUCUGGCUUUUGGAUGAAAGAGUUCCUCGAAUGGAUGAUGGCAGCCAACUCCUGAAAGCAUUGAAUGUUCUAAUGCUUAAAAUACUGGAUAACGCUGAAAGAACAUCAUCGUUUGUUGUCCUUAUUAAUCUUUUACGUCCAUUGGACCCCUCAAGGUGGCCAUCACCAACAUCGAAUGAGUCUUUUGCUGCUAGAAAUCAGAAGUUCUCUGAUUUAGUUGUCAAAUGUCUGAUCAAGCUCACAAAAGUUCUUCAAAGCACUAUAUACGAUGUUGACCUUGAUCGUAUUCUUCAAAGUAUCCACAUAUACCUACAGGAACUGGGAAUGGAAGAGAUCAGGAGAAGAGCUGGAGCUGAUGAUAAACCAUUGCGCAUGGUUAAAACUGUUUUACAUGAGCUUGUUAAGCUUCGUGGAACUGCAAUCAAAGGUCAUCUAUCCAUGGUUCCAAUAGAUAUGGAACCUCAGCCUAUUAUUCUUGCGUACAUUGAUCUAAAUCUUCAGACUCUUGCUGCUGCAAGAAUGUUGACCCCGUCAGGGCCAGUUGGGCAGACCCAUUGGGGUGAUUCAACAGCCAACAAUCCACCCCCUGCCACAAAUUCAGCAGAUGCUCAAUUGAAGCAAGAACUCGCUGCAAUUUUCAAGAAAAUUGGUGACAAGCAAACUUGCACGAUUGGUUUAUAUGAACUAUACCGUAUCACUCAAUUGUAUCCCAAGGUUGAUAUAUUUGCUCAGCUUCAAAAUGCUAGCGAGGCAUUCCGAACAUACAUCAGAGAUGGUUUAGCCCAGAUGGAGAAGAAUGCAGCAGCGGGAAGGACACCUUCAAGUGUACCAAUGUCAACCCCUCCCCCAGCCUCAAUUAACCUUUCCCCAAAGUUCGCUUCUCUGUCACCCGUAAAUACAAAUCCACUGAAUGAUGCGAAAUCACUUAAUACAAAAGUCGAACCCAUGAACUUUAGCUUACCCCCAUCUUAUGUCGAAGAUGAGAGGGCUUCUAAUGCUGUCAAUCCAAGGGGGACCACACCUGAUGACUCUGAGAUGCGCCAGUAUCUAAGUGGGAACGAUAGAUUCCCAGCUGGAGUUACAAGUGGCACGCUGGAUGCAAUUAGAGAGAGAAUGAAGAGCAUACAGUUAGCUGCAUCUGCUGGAAACCCGGAUCCUGGGAGCAGGCCCGUAAUGCACCUGAAUGGCAGUUUAGCCCACGGACACUCUAAUUCACAUGUGUCCGACUCAGCUAAUGCAGAUAAUCCUGUACAGAGCGGGGUUCUUCCUAUGGAUGAGAAGGCAUUAUCUGGGCUUCAAGCCCGUAUGGAAAGGCUUAAAAGCGGGUCAAUCGAACCUCUUUAGAGACGGAGGUUACAUUUCUUCAAGUGUGUAAUUCUUUCAUGGUAAACCCAUUUGUAAUUAUAGAGCAGAUACUGGGACAGGCAUUCUACUUUCUUGGUGCAACAAAAACUCCCUCCGGUAUGACAAAUUUUAUAUCUUCGUUUUGUUUACCUUUCCAGCAGAGAUGAACCAACCAACCAACCAAGAUCGGCAAUGUGCUCAUAGUUGAUAGCGUGGUUUUCAACAAUUUGUAUUUGUAUAUAUAGCAGCGCAGCAGCUUUUUAUUUGUUUAUAUACCAUUUUGUCCUGAUUUAUUGAAUGGUUUUUCGGAAAUUGCCCAAAGUAACGUUUGCCGCGUGGAUGCCCA